AUGACACCCAUUGAGACUGACGAAGAUGUCAAGUCGAUGUUUCAAUGUCAUAUAACAUUAUCUCAAUUACCCACCAUUGAGAUAUACGUUCGUCUAGUCGAAAAUCUUGAAGAACAACCGAGUCACAAUGAAAAUCUUGAAGAACAACCGACUCACAAUGAAAAUCUCUGUUAUCCAACGCAAUUUGUACAGUCACACGAGUACGGAAUGAGUCAAGUCAUUGACGAAGAACCGACUCAAAAUAAUGAACCUUUCAUACCAAAUGAAGAGGUAGGCGAGAAUAGUGAGGAUGAUCUUGAGGAGGUUCGAUUUGAAGAUCUAUUUGGUGUUAGCGAUGAUGAUGGCAAUGAAGACAUCUUCGACACACCGACCGUUGCACUAAGAGUGCAACCAAUUAGUUUGUACAACCCACCCGUGCACAUGCAAAACAUAAGUUUGGAUGAUGCUGAACCAAUCUCCGUUUUUGGAAGUUUCAUACCAACUCACAAUGCUGACGAAAUAGAGGAGGGCAUCGAGUAUGAAAAUAAGGAAGAGUGUGUUCUGGUGUUGCAACAAUGGCAUAUAAAACGUAGUCUAGAUUUUUCUGUGGUUAAAUCUGAUAAUGUACGUUUUGUCAUCAAAUGUAGAAAUUCAACAUGCAAUUUCAAAUGCAGGGUCUCUUUGCGUAAGGGCAACUCAAGGUGGAGAGUUGGUAAGUCUGGUGGGCCUCAUACGUGCAUAACCACUUCCAUGUCACAAGACCAUACAAAACUCAGUUCAGAAAUGAUUAGUAAGAUCAUAAUGGAGCUUGUAAAUCAGGACACUUCCAUUAAGGUGAAGGUUAUCAUCGCUCAUGUUGCUGAGAAAUACAGGUAUAUCAUAUCCUACAAAAAGGCACGGAUUGCAAAGUGUAAGGCAAUUAAGUCGCUGUAUGGAAAUUGGGAGACAUCUUACAACGAUCAGCCGUAG